GAUCUGAAACUGCUUAUGACAUCACUAGCAGAUAACAAAUACAUCAUUCUGCAACAACUAGCCAACGUGAUGGAGAAGCCAGCAGCAGAACAAAUAGAGGCAAUACAACAGGCAGAAGAUGGUCUGAAGGAAUUAGAUGCAAGUAUCAUUGAAUUAAAAAGACGUGGUGAUAAAUUGCAGAUUGACCAGCCCUCGGUGCAAGAACUCUCCAAACUUCAGGACAUGUAUGAUGAAUUGAUGAUGGUCAUUGCCUCCCGACGCAGUGGGCUAAACCAGAAUCUAGCACUUAAGUGUCAAUAUGAACGAGCUCUGCAAGACCUGGCUGACCUGCUGGAAACUGGUCAAGAAAAAAUGGCAGGAGACCAAAAAAUGAUUGUAUCUUCCAAAGAGGAAGUUCAACAGCUACUUGACAAGCACAAGGAGUAUUUUCAGAGCCUUGAAUCCCAUAUGAUCUUAACUGAAACACUCUCCAGGAAGAUAAUCAGUUUUGCCAUUCCAAAGGAAACCCAAUUCCAUAUGGAACUAAUGGCUCAGGCUUCAACUGUAUUAAAGCAAGCUCACAAGAGGGGUGUGGAGCUAGAAUACAUUCUAGAGACUUGGUCCCAUCUGGAGGAUGACUAUCAAGAACUCACCAGACAGUUAGAAGCAGUUGAAAGUAGUAUCCCAAGUGUUGGUUUGGUAGAAGAAAGUGAAGAAAGACUAAGUGACCGGAUAACACUCUACCAGCGGCUGAAAUCAAGCUUGUCUGAAUACCAGCCAAAAUUGUACCAGGUACUGGAUGAUGGGAAAAGGCUGCUAAUUUCCAUUAGCUGUUCAGUUUUAGAAAGCCAGCUAAAUCAGCUUGGAGAACAUUGGCUAAAUGAUACCAGCAAGGUUACUAAAGAACUGCACAGAUUGGAGACAAUAUUGAAACACUGGACAAGAUAUCAGAGUGAAUCUGCUGAGCUCAUUCAUUGGUUGCAGUCUGCAAAGGACAGGGUAGAAUUUUGGAAUCAGCAAUCCGUAACAGUUCCACAAGAACUAGAAAUGGUUCGGGAUCACCUAAAUUCUUUUCUGGAAUUUUCUAAAGAAGUUGAAGCAAAAUCCUCUCAGAAAUCCUCAGUUCUUAGCACAGGAAACCAGCUCCUUCGAUUGAAGAAAGUGGACACGGCAGCCCUUCGUUCUGGGCUAUCUCAGAUUGAAAGCCAGUGGACAGAACUGCUGGCACACAUUCCAGUAGUACAAGAAAAGUUGCAUCAGCUACAAAUGGAUAAAUUACCUUCUCGUCAUGCUAUUACUGAAGUCAUGAGCUGGAUUUCUCUUAUGGAAAGUGUUAUUCAGGAAGAUGAAGAGAAAAUUAAAAAUGCUGUAGGACACAAAGCAAUAAAUGAAUACCUACAGAAAUAUAAGGGUUUUAAGAUUGACAUAAAUUGUAAACAGUUGACAGUUGAUUUUGUGAAUCAGUCAGUGCUACAAAUCACUAGUCAGGAUGUGGAAACUAAACGAAGUGAUAAGACAGAUUUUGCUGAACAGCUUGGAGCAAUGAAUAGACACUGGCAAAUUUUACAGAGUUUAGUAACUGAAAAGAUCCAGAUGCUGGAAGGUUUAUUGGAAUCUUGGACAGAAUUUGAAAGUAAUGUGCAAUGUCUGAAAGUCUGGUUUGAGACUCAAGAAAAGAGACUUAAACAACAGCAUAGAAUUGGAGACCAGGCUUUAGUUCAGAAUGCAAUGAAAGACUGUCAGGAUCUGGAAGACUUAAUUAAAGCAAAAGAAAAAGAAAUAGAAAAGAUAGAACAGAAUGGACUUUCUUUGAUUAAGGACAAGAAGGAUGUGUCUGGUGUCAUCAUGAAUAAUCUGCAAGAACUUAACCAUUCCUGGGCAAAUUUAGACCACAUGGUUGGACAACUCAAAAUAUUACUACAGUCAAUGUUUGAUCAGUGGAAUGUGUACAAAGUGGCUUAUGAGGAAAUUAACAGUUACCUGAUGGAAGCCAGGUAUUCUCUGUCUCGUUUCCGAUUGCUGACUGGUUCUCUGGAGGCUGUGAAAGUGCAAGUAGAGAAUCUACAGAGUCUACAGGAUGAGUUAGAAAAGCAGGAGAGCAGCUUGCAGAAAUUUGGCUCUGUAACAAACCAACUAUUAAAAGAAUGUCAUCCACCCGUGACAGAAACACUUACCAAUACAUUGAAAGAAGUGAAUAUGAGGUGGAAUAAUUUGUUAGAAGAGAUUGCUGAACAGUUACACUCCAGUAAAGCUUUAUUUCAACUGUGGCAGAGAUACAAAGAUUAUUCCAAACAGUGUGCUUCAACAAUCCAGCAGCAAGAGGAUCAAACUAAUGAGCUAUUAAAGGCAGCAAAUAAUAAAGAUAUUGUUGAUGAUGAAGUUGCAGCCUGGAUUCAAGAUUGCAAUGACCUUCUAAAAGGCCAAAGGAAUGUUCAGGAUUCCUUGUUUGUGCUGCAUGAGCUGGGAGAGCAACUUAAACAACAAGUGGAUACUUCUGCAGCAUCAGCCAUUCAGUCUGACCAGCAUGCUCUGAGUCAACACUUGUCUGCCCUGGAACAGGCUCUUAGCAGACAGCAGAAAUUAUUACAGGCUGGAGUUCUUGACUAUGAAACAUUUUCCAAGAGUUUAGAAGGUCUGGAGGGCUGGAUUUUAGAAGCUGAAGAAGUACUAAAAGGACAGGACCCCAACCAUUCAUCUGACCUUUCAACAAUUCAGGACAGAAUGGAAGAACUGAAAGGCCAGAUGCUAAAAUUCAGCAGCAUGGCUCCAGAUUUGGAUCGUCUUAAUGAGCUGGGAUAUAGAUUACCACUAAAUGAUAAGGAAAUAAAAAGGAUACAGAAUUUGAAUAGGCACUGGUCUUUAAUCUCCUCUCAGACCACAGAAAGAUUCAGCAAGUUACAGUCAUUCCUUUUGCAACAUCAAACCUUCUUGGAAAAAUGUGAAACGUGGAUGGAAUUCCUGGUUCAGACAGAACAGAAGUUGGCAGUAGAGAUUUCAGGCAAUUAUCAACGUCUUUUAGAGCAACAAAGGGCACAUGAGUUGUUUCAAGCAGAGAUGUUCAGUCGUCAACAGAUUUUGCAUUCAAUCAUUGUUGAUGGGCAGCACCUUCUAGAACAAGGUCAAGUGGAUGACAGGGAUGAGUUCAACCUGAAACUUACACUUCUUAGUAACCAAUGGCAGGGAGUCAUUCGAAGGGCUCAGCAAAGAAGGGGGAUCAUCGAUAGUCAGAUUCGCCAGUGGCAACGCUAUCGAGAGAUGGCAGAAAAGCUUCGUAAAUGGUUGGUUGAAGUGUCCUAUCAGCCUGUGAGUGGACUGGGAAGUGUCCCUAUACCAUUGCAACAAGUUAGGACACUAUUUGAUGAAGUACAGCUCAAAGAAAAAGUCCUCCUUCGGCAACAAGGGAGCUACAUUCUGACUGUGGAAGCUGGGAAACAGCUGCUUCUCUCUGCUGACAGUGGCGCGGAGGCGGCCCUGCAAGCUGAACUCAUGGAAAUCCAGGAAAGAUGGAAAUCAGCCAGCAUCUGCCUUGAAGAACAGAAGAAAAAACUUGGCUUCCUACUGAAAGACUGGGAAAAAUGUGAAAAAGGAAUAGCUGAUUCUCUGGAGAAAUUAAGAGCCUUCAGAAAAAAACUUGCCCAACCAUUGCCGGAUCACCAUGAUGAGCUGCAUGCAGAACAAAUGCGUUGCAAGGAGUUAGAAAAUGCUGUUGGAGGUUGGACAGAUGACUUAGCACAUCUGGCACUCCUGAAAGAUACUCUCUCAGCAUACAUCAGUGCUGAUGACAUCUCUAUCCUUAAUGAACGCAUAGAGUUGCUCCAAAGGCAGUGGGAAGAACUCUGUCAUCAGGUAUCUUUGCGUCGGCAACAGGUAAAUGAGAGAUUGAAUGAAUGGGCUAUCUUCAGUGAAAAGAACAAGGAGCUUUGUGAAUGGUUAACUCAAAUGGAAAGCAAAGUUUCUCAAAAUGGAGAUAUCCUCAUUGAAGAAAUGAUAGAGAAGCUUAAGAAGGAUUAUCAGGAGGAAAUUGCAGUUGCUGAAGAGAACAAAAUCCAACUACAGCAAAUGGGAGAACGACUUGCAAAAGCUAGCCAUGAAAGCAAAGCAUCAGAGAUCGAGUACAAGCUAGGAAAAGUCAAUGACAGGUGGCAACACCUCUUGGAUCUGAUUGCAGCCAGGGUGAAAAAGCUCAAGGAGACCCUGGUGGCUGUGCAGCAGUUGGAUAAGAACAUGAGCAGCCUCAGAUCCUGGCUUGCACAUAUUGAAUCAGAGCUGGCUAAGCCUAUCGUCUAUAACUCUUGUGACUCUGAGGAGAUACAGAAGAAGCUUAAUGAGCAGCAGGAACUUCAAAGAGACAUAGAGAAACAUAGCACUGGUGUGGCAUCAGUACUGAACUUGUGUGAGGUACUUUUACAUGACUGCGAUGCAUGUGCCACUGAAACAGAAUGUGACUCCAUUCAGCAGGCUACACGGAACUUAGACAGACGAUGGAGAAAUAUUUGUGCCAUGUCUAUGGAAAGGAGACUCAAAAUUGAAGAGACCUGGAGAUUAUGGCAGAAGUUUCUGGAUGACUAUUCUCGCUUUGAAGAUUGGCUAAAGCUUUCUGAAAAGACUGCUGCCUUUCCCAGCUCUUCUGGGGUUCUAUAUACAGUUGCUAAGGAAGAGCUCAAGAAAUUCGAGGCUUUCCAGCGACAAGUCCAUGAAACUCUUACCCAACUGGAACUCAUCAACAAACAAUAUAGACGCUUGGCCCGUGAGAAUCGUACUGACUCUGCUUGUAGCUUGAAACAGAUGGUUCACGAAGGCAACCAAAGAUGGGACAAUUUACAAAAGCGUGUCACCUCCAUCUUGCGCAGACUCAAGCAUUUUAUUGGCCAGCGUGAAGAGUUCGAGACAGCUCGUGAUAGCAUUCUGGUGUGGCUAACAGAGAUGGAUCUGCAGCUCACAAACAUUGAACACUUUUCAGAGUGUGAUGUUCAAGCCAAAAUAAAACAACUCAGGGCAUUCCAGCAGGAGAUUUCACUGAACCACCAUAAAAUCGACCAGAUAAUUGUCCAAGGAGAACAAUUGAUUGAAAAGAGCGAACCACUGGAUGCAGCGGUCAUCGAAGAAGAAUUGGAUGAACUCCGCCGUUACUGUCAGGAAGUCUUUGGUCGUGUGGAACGAUACCAUAAGAAACUAAUUCGCCUUCCUCUGACAGAUGAUGAGCAUGACUUAUCUGACAGAGAGCUGGACCUGGAUGAAUCUGCAGAUCUCUCUGAUAUCCAUUGGCAUGACAAGUCUGCAGAUAGUGUGCUCUCCCCACAUCCAUUCUCCAACUUCUCCCUUUCACUUGCCCAGCCUCUCCGAAGUGAGAGGUCAGGACGGGAUACUCCAGCAAGUGUGGACUCCAUCCCUCUCGAAUGGGAUCAUGACUAUGACCUCAGUCGUGACCUAGAAUCAGCAGUUUCGAGAACUCUGACUUCUGAGGAUGAAGAGGGUCAAGAAGAUAAGGACUUCUAUCUCCGGGGAGCUAUUGGUUUAGGAGGCGAGCCAGGAACCUUAGAAUCACAUAUCCGGCAGCUGGAUAAAGCUCUAGAUGCCAGCCGUUUUCAGAUGCAGCAAACAGAAAAUAUUAUCCGCAGCAAAACACCAACAGGACCUGAACUGGAUGCUACUUAUAAAGGAUAUAUGAAAUUGCUGGGUGAGUGCAGCGGCAGCAUUGAUUCUGUGAGGAGGCUGGGGCACAAACUGAAGGAAGAAGAAGAGAAAUUAUCCGGCUUCAUUAACCUGAAUAGCACAGAAACACAAACAUCCGGGGUGAUUGAUCGCUGGGAACUAAUCCAGGCUCAGGCUCUGAGCAAAGAGCUUCGAAUGAAGCAACACCUCCAGCAAUGGCAGCAGUUCAACUCGGACCUAAACAGCAUUUGGGCUUGGCUGGGGGAGACUGAAGAGGAACUGGAACAGCUACAGCGUCUGGAUCUCAGCACUGAUAUUCAAACCAUUGAGCUUCGGAUCAAAAAACUAAAGGAGCUUCAGAAAGCAGUUGAUCAUCGCAAAGCUAUCAUUCUUUCCAUAAAUUUGUGUAGCUCUGAAUUCACACAAUCUGAUAGUGAGGAGAGCAAGGAACUACAAGACCGGCUGGCCCAAAUGAACAUGCGCUGGGACCGAGUUUGUACUUUGCUAGAAGACUGGCGUGGCUUACUGCAGGAUGCCUUAAUGCAAUGUCAGGAUUUCCAUGAAAUGAGUCAUGGAUUGCUUCUGUGGUUGGAGAACAUUGAUAGGAGAAAAAAUGAAAUUGUUCCUAUUAAUCCAAACCUUGAAUCAGAAAUACUUCAGGACCAACACAAGAUGCUUAUGCAAAUCAGGCGAGAGUUGCUGGAGUCUCAACUAAAAGUGGCAUCACUGCAAGACAUGUCCUGCCAACUCUUAGUUAAUGCUGAAGGAAAAGACUGCUUAGAAGCCAAAGAAAAAGUCCAUGUCAUUGGAAAUCGACUUAAACUUCUCUUGAAAGAGGUUAGUCGUCAUAUCAAGGACCUUGAGAAGAUCUUAGAUAUAUCAAGCAGCCAACUGGAUUUAUCCUCUUGGUCUUCUGCUGAUGAACUGGACACCUCAGGAUCUGUGAGUCCUGUGUCAGGAAGAAGCACCCCAAACAGACAAAAAACGGUAAAUUGA